AACAUGGCCAAGGCAACACCGCCGAAGCGAAGGAACGGCCUGAAGAAGAAGGCUGCCGCUGCAUCCAAAAAGGCAAAGAAAUCCCAGACGCAUGUGAAGGUGACGGGUCGACCUGCACGGGCGAGCAACAACGGCAGUGCUCGCACUCUGAACAAGGUCGAGAACGACGCUACGCUGCUGAAGCGACGGAAGUCCGUAGCAAAGCAGGCUGCAUCCAAAAAGUCAAACAAGUCCCAGGCAUAUGUGAAGCUAAACGUCCAAUCCGCACAGACACACAGCCUCAGUCGUCGAACCCGACGACACAAGGUCGAGAACGACUUGGCGCCGUCGACGCGAAGGUCCAACGCCGCUGCUGUUCCCUCCAAGGCAUCCAAAACCAAGUCCAAGACGCAUGUCAAGCUCCAGUUCCAACCUGCAUGGACGAGUAGUAGCAGCAGUCCUCGCACUGUGGAAAACGCGAACAAGGGCGAGAACGACGUGCUGGAAUGGGUGGGCGACGCUGUCCUCGACGAACUGGUCGGCCGGUCGCUGCUUCGGCAUGUGCAUAAUAUCUUCUCCGCGCCAACCACGAUCCACACAGUCGACACACAAGCGAGUGACGUGUCCAACUUGGCGCUAUUCCGCCAGCUACGUAAUGCCCUCGUGACCAACGCCACCCUGAGCGCAGUGUACGACAAGCUGUUUCCAACCAUCUUGGUCAUCCAUCCAUCGUCAUCGGUCAAGCAAAAGGCCGACGCAGUAGAAACCCUCGUCGGCCGCAUCUCGACCCGACACAAAUCCGCCAAGGACAUCCAUCAACUCGACACGAUUCUGUCCAUGAUGCUCCAAGUCGAGUUCACGCAUUGGGCCGUGGAACAAGAAGAAACGGCCCGCCAGUCGAUCAACCAGUUUAGUCUGUUGGAAUCGUGGCUCGACACGGACGACGACGAGGACGCUCUUGCCCUCGCCCCCGACCAAUCAAAUCACGCCACGUCAUCACUGGGUGAUCGAUUGUUUCCAGCUUCGUCCCCAAUCUCCCCCUCCUCCAGAGUCCCAUAUCCCCCGCCAAAGAUCGCCUUCCAUGCCUUUGCCGAUCCCAUGAUAUCUCCUCGAACUGAUGAUACAUUGCCGUCGGUGGUUGACGUCGUCCGCGCGUGGGUACCGGCGCUGCAAACGUCAUCGCAUAUCGUUCAAUCGUCGCGAGUCAUGUUUGAAGUGUUCAAGCUGUACGGUCUGUCGGUGCUAAAGGAGCGCAUAAGCACAUUCCUUGUCCAAUCGACCAAGCCUAUCUCGACACCAUCGAGGAGCCCUGCCACACUCACGAGGGUCCGCCAACAGAUCCUCAGCAUCGAACGGCUAGCUCAGAGCGCGUCCGUACUCUCGAUCGUGUCGACAGACCAUCCCACCAAACUCCAAGCCAAUACGCUGCGCGCCGCCGUCGGGUUUGCAAGCGCCACGAAUCGACCUGACAUCGUCGACGCCAUCUGCUGUCUGCUAAUGUACCUCCAUCAAAGCCCCGAAAAGUGCCUCGCAUGCGGCACCGCGGCACCCAUGGACUUGGACGACCUCGCGCUCCAUGAAGGGUCGACGUGCCCAUACUCGUUGGCUGCGUUCAUAGCGACGCAGUGGCACUCGCAUCUGCCAUCUGUGACAUCGCUCGCCGAUCUGCCGCGGACUGCCGCCGCCACCGUCGAGUUUCUCAAACGCCGACACAUUCCGUGGGAAACCCAGGAAGACACUCUGCAUACGUGGCUGCCUUCUCGAUGGUGCGAUCUGGACUUGCUAGCUGCACCCACGCUUGACAGUACACCCUCUCGCAAGCGAAAGCGAGUACAUGACGGCGAGCGGCAGUCCCCAGAUUCGACGUGCCGCAAGACAUAUAACCACUUUGCCUUGUUGAAGCGGUUCUGCCACCGCCGGUUUCUAUUUAGCCUGGAGGCGUUGGUCAUUGGAUUUGCCCAGUACGACACGGCGGCGUGCCGGCUGCACCUCCGCGAAGCCGCUGACGACCUCGAGCCGUGCAUCGACGACCUGGGCGUGUGCAGUGUGUCGGAUCAGUGCUUGUCCCUGGUGCUGAAGGACAGCUUUUAUCGGCUGCUCAUGCACGAGCUAGUGAAUUUCCACCACCUCGAUGCUAAAAGCCAUACAAAACCCAAUGGGUUGCGCGUGAUGCAAAUUCGGCGGCCAAAGGGGUACGUGUGGCCCGAAGAUACCUACACGAACGAAGCGGUUGCCAUUGUCGACUAACUAGAUAAGAAACAAUAAAACACCAAAUAGUGUGGAUUCGAU